CACAGUUUUGCACAAGAAGGGGGAACUUGUCUUUGCUAAAAUCUUGAGGCGAACUUUAUGUGGUAGUUUUGGUUUUCCCACAGGUUUCUUCAUCUUCAGAGGGCCUUUGGACCUGUGUGACCACUAUGCCCACUUACACAGUGACUGUGUCCACAGGGAGCCAGUGGUUUGCGGGGACGGAUGAUUAUAUCUACAUCACACUGGUGGGCACAGAGCGGUGCAGUGAGAGAACGCUGCUGGACAAACCUCUUUACAACGACUUUGAGAGGGGGGCGGUGGAUUCCUAUGAUGUGAGGGUCGGGGAGAACCUGGGAGAGAUUGUGUUGGUGAAGAUCGAGAAGAAGAAGUACUGGGUGCAUGACGACUGGUACUGCAAGUACAUCUCAGUCAAGACCCCAGAUGGAGACUACGUGGAGUUCCCCUGCUUCCGCUGGCUGGUGGAUGACAAGGAAGUGGUGCUGCGGGAUGGAAGAGCACAUCUGCCUCAGGAUGACAAGACCAGCCUGGUCAAACAGCACAGGCAAAAAGAGCUGGACAUGAGGAGAAAAACCUACAAGUGGAAGGAGUGGCAGCCAGGCUUUCCUAUGAGCAUAGAUGCCAACAGACACAAGGACUUGCCGCGGGACAUCCAGUUUGACAGUGAGAAGGGAGUGGACUUUGUGCUGAACUACAGUAAGGCAAUAGAGAACCUGUUUGUGAACCAGUUCAUGCACAUGUUCCAGUCUUCCUGGAGUGACUUUGCUGACUUUGAGACGAUCUUUGUGAGAAUCAAAAACACAAUCUCGGGAAAGGACAGAGGACAAGAACGGGUGGGAAAGUCUGAGGGCAUCUGCUGGAUGGAUGGAGAAUGA